AUGAUGGACACCCUACCUGCUGAGUUACUGGAGCCGGUGCUACUCAGCCUUGGCCCGCUAGAGCGGCUCAACUUCGCUCAAACCAGCCGUCAGAUUGCCGAGCUCGUGUCGCAGUCCAUCUGCCUCAGAGAUGUACUCGUAGAAAUCCGAAAAUCGAACGCGGAUGAGGCCGAGGAGGUAUUGAUGAAAAGUCGGCGGAAUUGUAGGAAGCUCAGGAUGUUUGAAGUCGAGGUGGCUAGAUUCGGAGAGUCCUUCUGGAGCAAACUCGGGCAGAACCUCCGCACGCUGGAGCUCUUGAACUGUGAUGGAACAGCCGAUGACUUAUUCAAGAUCCUUCGGCAUUGUACAGAGCUGCGAUACUUAGUUAUGAAUGGCUUCGGACCGGAAGCCGGGGUACCAACUGCAAGCAAGCUGGCACCCCCGUUCCAUCUUCAGCACAUAUCCUUAGACGCCGACCUGCCGAUUGAAACACUGGAGCGUUUAUUCGAACUGACGCCGAGUCUAACGUCCCUCUCCUUCUGUUACUUGGAAACUUCUGGCUUGGAGUACGAGAAAAGGCUCGCUUUCUUCCUCAAUCUCGAGCUCAACCUCGAGCGAUUGAGCAUCACCAUGGCUGCCCUACGGGACAACUUCGUGGUUAAGCUCUUGAGGAAGCAUGCACGUAGCCUCGCGGUGUUGGAAAUGACUUGCUGCGCCGAUCUCACGCACAAGGCCUUCGAAGCCAUAAGCGGAUGUAGAAAGCUGCGUCAUCUGACGCUUAGAGGGAGCGUUGCGCUAUCAGAAGAGCAUUUGUUGAAGAUCUUCAUCAACUGUCCCGAGUUAGAAACUUUCCCGCUGCCCAACUUCGGGCUGAUUUCAGAUGCGUUCUUGACUCGGAUUAGCAAAGUUGAGAAGGUGAGCGACCUCUGCCUACAUAAUUAUGAGGCCUUCACCAGCAAUUCACUCGCAAUCUUGAGCAGGAUGAAGAAUCUGCGUCGCUUGAAGCUACCCCCCUUCGAUGACGAUGGCGGCUCGUACGAAAUCCUUUCUACCCUCUGGCAACUCCGCUCUUUGGACUUGGGCGUGCACAAGGGUCCCUCCCGAGAGAGCUUUAAUAUGCUUACCCAGAAUUUGCUUGAAUUAGUCGAGCUUGCCAUCAACUGCAAGGAUCUGGUAGAUACCGAUGGACUCAAAUUCAAUCAACUCAAGAAGUUGCGAUGCCUGAAGAUUUUGAGAGGACCGAAUUUCACGGACAGAGCCUUUCUGAGGGGUCUGGGCUCGAAAUCACUGAGGGAGCUUUAUAUAAGGGAUUGUCCUCUGACAAGUUUCGGACUCGUAAGCAUAACCGAGCAUCAUACUCGUUUGGAAAGCCUCUCCAUUGACCGUUGUGAUAAUCUAACAGAGAGGGCAGUGGCUAACGCACUCCGACACGUCCCCGGUCUGAGAAAGCUAGCGAUCGCAAAUUGCGAGAGAAUCACCGAGGAGUCUCUCUCAGCUCUGGCUCUGGAAAAGCUGUGCCCUAGACUUCGGUCAGAAUUGAACCAAUGUAGCCCCUUGUGUCAGCAGAGAUAA